AUUACACCGUCAUGAACAGUGAGCAGCUCACGAGGGAUGGCAUCGCAGCGGCCAUAUACUAUGGUCACACUGAUGGAGAUGAUCUACCGAUCGUUAUAUUGUCCCUCACAGAAGUCGUUCGACUGGAACGGACAUGUCUCCAUCCAAAAGAGCUCUUUGACGCUUUGUUUCAACGAUGGGAGAGCAUCUACAGAGAGGCAGGAGUCGACGAGCGUGGCUACAAUCUGAUCAUUCUGUCAUCUCUGAGAGAGGUAGAAGGCGCUGGACUCUGGACGCCUCGCUUUGCUCGUUGGAUGUGGAAGUUGAGAGCAAUACCUUACGAGUCAGUCCAGGGUUCUGCCAGCCUCUGACCUGUACAGACACCGCAAGAAUGUCAAACAGAUUGUGAGAUUAGAUGCGAUCUCGCUGACUUCCCAGUACAUUGUAUACGCCUCUUGGUUCACUAAACUUUUCAUGCCCUUGUUCCUCCCUCUCGUGUCUCCCAAAGCAUAUGCCAAGAUUCAGUACGCCAGCUCGCUUUCGUCCCUGAGCCACACCAACAACGUCUCUUUGGCCAGCCUUCAGCUCACCAUCCCUCUCCUAGAGGAUGAAUCGGCGGCCUUGCAGGGGUCCGACACCAGGCAUACUCCAACCGGCCCAUCUUCGAACGAUUCCUCGAGUCGUCUGCUAGACAACCGUGCACUGUACGACCUUGUUCCUCCAGAGCCACAGCCGUUAGCUAGAAUUUUAGUGGAUUUGCGAGAUACGAUCCUGUCACCACCAUGCACGCUCACCGAAGGCCUCUUCAGACGAUCAACAAACUCCCCGCUAUCAUCAGGUCUGUUAUCUCUUUCAUUGCUGCCGAGUCACUCCCAAUCCAUCAUUCCCUGGAGAACGAUAGCCGCGAAUGAUCCGCUCCUGCCCCCAAAGAUUCUGCAUGGCCUGCUGUCCUCCUUUUCAUCCCCUAUCAUCUCAGAGCAGCUCUACCCGGUUAUCCGGAAGUGUGAUACUCCAAAAGACAUCGAAACCUAUCUCUCUCCUAUCCUGACUGCCUCCGAAAACCGCAUUCUGACGUACCUCGCGGACCUCAUCUCCCACCUGGCCAGGCACGAAGAGACCACCAGGAUGACUGUCAAAGCACUUGCCAUAUGCCUCGCUCCUGCUCUACUCCAUGGCUCUGAUCCGAUGAUUGACGCCACGAUGUGUCUCGUUCCGGGUCAAAGUCUACCUCCGGCGAUGACGCAAGAUCGUGAUCUAGGCCAAGGCGCCGGAACUGUGGUGGGCAUGUUGAUGUUGUGGGCAGAGUGGAGCGCGAGUAAUAGACCUUAGAGGACCCAGAUCUGUGUGAGCCGUACCGU